AUGGACGUACCAGUGGACCCCUUGAAGAGGUGGGAGGCGCUUCUCGACGGGAUCGACCUGCCUGCCGACGACGUGCGCACCUACACCAGCCUGCUCGUCGACAACCACUUCGGUCUGGAGGACGUGGAGGACUUUGACCACGAGGUGCUGAAGAGCAUGGGCGUCGAGAGCGCCAAGCACCGGCUGGUGCUCCUCAAGUGGUGCAAGGCCAAGGCCAAGAGCGCCCUCGAACAGGAGCAGAAGGCCAUCAACAAGAAGAAGAAGGACAAAGAAAAGGAAAAGGAAAAGGAGACCACCACCAUCAAGCUGGGCAUCAGCCUCAAGGCCAAGAGCAAAGAGCCGGUCGUCGUCGCCGAGGAAAAGGAGAAGAGCAAGCGGAAGCGCAAGGGCUCGGCCAAGCCGGCCAAGCCCAAGGCCCAGGCCCAGGCCCAGGCCCAGGCCACGAACGACGAAGGCGGGGAGAGCGGCGCGCUGGCCUUUGGCAGCGAGCUGGUCUAUGCCGGCCCCGAGGAGAUGGAGGACGAGGACUUCCAGGAGCUCGACCUCGACUCCAGCAUGGCAUCCCUGGCACGCAAGAAUUGGGAGACCACCGACGACGGCCAGACGUGCAUGCUCGACAUGCUCGACACCGCCGGACAGGAGGAGUACAGCUGCAUGCGCGAUCAGUACAUGCGCGUGGGCCAGUGCUUCAUCGUCAUGUACUCCAUCACGAGCCGCAACUCGUUCGACGAGGCCCGCAACAUCCGCGAUCUCAUCCUGCGCAUCAAGGACGUCGACGACGUGCCCAUCGUGCUGAUCGGCAACAAGGUGGACCUCGAGGGGGACCAGCGCGAGGUGGGGCGCAACGAGGGCCUCGAGUACGCGCGCAGCUGCGGCAUGCCCUUCUUCGAGAGCUCGGCCAAGACGCGGGUCAACGUCGACGAGGCCGUGCACGAGCUGCUGCGCAUCACGCCCCGGACCGGCGUCGAGUACAAGCUGGUCGUGUGCGGCUCCGGCGGCGUCGGCAAGUCGGCCUUCACGGUGCAGUUCAUCAGCAACCAUUUUGUCGACUGCUAUGAUCCGACGAUCGAGGACAGUUACAGGAAGCAGAUCGUGGUCUCCGGCCUUCCGGUGCAGAACGCGGCGGCGGCCGGCCGGAAGACGCCCAAGAAGUCGGGAUUCUUCGGCAAGGUCAUGGACAUGUUCGGCGGCGGCAGUUCCUCCUCCUCGUCUUCGUCGUCGGUCACCACCGCAGCCAAGCCGCCUCCCGCAGUACGGCUCAUCGUCUUCUGCAUGGACAUCAGCGGGUCCAUGUGCGUCUCCACCGAAGUACCAGCGCUCCAGAACGAAUGGAAGGCCCUCCGACAGGGCGGCGGCAAGUCGAAGGAGGAGAAGAACAAGGAGAUCAACGCGUCGUUCAAUGCCGAGAACUCGUACCAGUACAUGCCGCGGGAGAACCGCAACGCGUCGUACAUCUCGCGGCUCGAGUGCAUGCAGGCCGCUGUCGACACCCACCUCCAGCGGCUCAAGGUCCAGAGUCCCAACAAGAAGGUGGUCCUCAUCACCUUCAACAACGAGGUCACGAUUGUGGGCGACGGGUCGAGCGGGGGCAAGGUGGUGACGGGCGACCGACUGGGCGAGUUCGACGAUCUGCUCAAGGUGGGCCACGACCUGGACACCAAGGCCCUGCGCCCCAUUGCCGAGUCCCUCGACGAUGUCUCCCAGAAGGUCGCCCAACUCCAAGAGAAUGGAGCGACGGCGUUGGGUCCGGCGCUGCUGCUGGCGGUGGCCAUUGCGUCGCACAGCCGGCGCUCGGAGGUGGUGGUGUGCACCGACGGCCUGAGCAACGUGGGCGUGGGCUCGCUCGAGGGCGCCGAGAAGGAGCGGGGCGCCGAGUUCUACACGCGCGUGGGCGGCCUGGCCAAGAAGAACGACACCACCAUCAACGUGCUCUCCAUCGAGGGCUCCGACUGCGCCAUGGACUGCCUCAGCCGCUGCGCCGAGAUGACCUCCGGCACGGUCAAUAUUGUGAAUCCGCUCGAGCUGGUGCGCCAGAUCAGGGUCAUCUCGCAGAACCCGGUGAUCGCGACCAACGUCAAGACCAGCCUCUUUGCCCACAGGCACGUGUACCUGGGCUGGCGCGCGCUGCCCACGGCGGAGAAGACCAAGAAGAAGGCGAAGAAGGAGAGGAAGGCCGUCACGCCCUUCUUCGAAUACGACGUGGGCAACGCCAUGGCCGACACCGAUCUCACCUUCACCUACGCCAUCAAGGAGGAAAUGGCGACUGAGCUGAAGGCUGCGCCGUUCCAGGUGCAGAUCCACUACACCUGCAAGGACGGAAUGCAGUGCAUGCGGGUGAUUACGGCCACGCGUCGGGUGACGACGAAGCGCGACAAGACGGAGGCCAAGGCCGAUGUGGCCGUGCUCGCGCUCGCGUCGGUCCAGCGCGCCGCGCGCGAGGCCCAGGUGGGCCGCUUCAUGGAGGCCCGCAUGAACCUCUUCGCCUCCGAGCGGCUCAUGAAACGCGCCGCCCACACCGACACCCAGAUGGAAGAACACGCCAACUUCCUGGGGUUGACGGACCAGCUGGACUACGAGCUGCGGCAGUGCCUGCGGCGGGGGAAGGCCAAGGCCAGGGAAGAGGACGCGCUGGAGGGCCUGGGCGACACGACGGCCAAGACCCUCUUCAAGAUGCGCACAUCAAGCAAGAAGGAGUUCCUGAGCGGCCGCCGCAAGAAGGCUGUCAUUGACGCCCGACGCAAUGAUGAUGCCACACUCCGUGACAUGUACUACGCCAAGAAGUUUUGA